CAAUAAGAUUUUGCCACCUCAUGUGCACUCGACCCCAUCUAAUCACAACUUGAACCCUCAUUCUCUCUCUCUCUCCUCGUUCUCUCUCUAGAACAAUUUCUCUCUGCGAUCGUCAAAAUAGCCCGAAUUUCAUGGAUUUUGGAGUUGGUGGUGAUGCUAAUGGGGAGGUGGUGGUAAGGAGUUCUGUUGAUAUGGUUAGGACCAGUGAUGAGAGUGAAAUGGGGGGAAAUUCAGUUGAAGUGGCGUUCCAAUCAAGCGAGGACAAUAAAUUGAAUCAAGAUUCUUCGGGAACGGAAAUCAUUCCAGUAGUUGAGCCUUAUGUGGAUGAGCCCUAUGUAGGUCAGGAGUUUGAAUCUGAAGCAGCCGCACAUGCUUUUUAUAAUGCAUAUGCGACACGUGUGGGUUUCAUCAUUCGCGUGAGCAAGCUGUCUCGAUCCAGGCGUGAUGGAUCAGCCAUUGGUCGGGCACUUGUUUGUAACAAGGAAGGUUAUCGAAUGCCUGACAAGCGUGAAAAAAUUGUAAGGCAAAGAGCGGAGACAAGGGUAGGUUGCAGGGCCAUGAUUUUGGUGAGGAAAGUAAGUUCUGGCAAAUGGGUUGUCACAAAAUUUGUGAAGGAGCAUACUCACACUUUGACUCCUGGCAAAGGUCGAAGAGAUUUGAUUUAUGAUCAGUAUCCGAAUGAACAUGACAAGAUAAGGGAACUAUCCCAGCAGCUGGCAGUCGAGAAAAAGCGAGCUGCAACAUAUAAAAGGCAUCUAGAAAUGGUGUUUGAGUACAUUGAGGAGCACAACGAGAGUCUAUCAAAGAAGAUUCAACACAUAGUAGACAGCGUGAGGGACAUGGAAAACAAGGAGAAGCAAAACCACAGAUAGUUUUAGUGUUAUUUAAAGCUCAUUGUGCUAUGGUAAACAAGAUCACAAAAUGGAAUGGCGGGAUGCUGUUGGAUGAGAAGCAAAUUGUCAUGAUUGUAGUACUGGUAUAUGAUAUUAUUUUGCUAACUUGUUCUAGUUUUCUAGGUGAUCAGGCCAGUUUUAUAGCAUGAAUAUUCAGGUCAAUGUGCAUUCCAUUUUUCUUUGUAAAACCAUGCUCGUAUUGCUUGUAACGCUCAGUUGUUAGGAAAAAGUAGGCAAUUCAAUAUGUAGUCGUUCAAGCUCUUCCAUGGACUGACAAUACAAAGAUUGUAAGGGGCAUCUUGGAGCUCCUAUUGCGAUUGAAACUUCCCUUCUUAUUUUAUGUAGAAUUUGAAUUUGAGCC